AUGUUACGGCGAACCCCAAUGGCCCGUCUAGCUCGACUGCGAGAUCGAAAGAGCUCAUAUGUCCGAUUUUCUAGCUCCAUAGCCCAACUGCACGCAGCUAAUAUACAAUCGGCGAACGAUGCUGAACAUAUCCGGCGUGUCCACGGGCACCUAAUGGAUAGCGGAGUGCUAAAAAUUGUUAUGGGAUUUGAAGAUAAAAACAGCAAUUAUCUUGAACAACUCAUUCAGAAUCUGAACAAAAACCAUAGCCAUGGUCUCCCAAUUACACACAGCGCAUCCAGAGGGUGGUUCUGGGAUGUUCGCCCAAGUGCAGCCGCUGACCCUACAGUCAAUAGAGCACGGUCGGAGACCGCUCAAGACUUCCCAUGGCAUACGGACUGCAGCUACGAGAAAUGCCCGCCACGGUUCUUCGCUCUACAAGUACUUCAACAUGACCGAUGUGGAGGAGGAACGCUUUCUAUCCUAAACUCCGUCAGCCUCUUGGGUCUCUUAUCCCCAACAACACGACAAGUCCUGGCAGAACCCGGGUUUCAAAUUAAAGUGCCCCAAGAAUUCAUAAAGACAGAUGCGACUUUCAUUGUCGGAAGUGUACUGGGCGUUGAUGAGAAAAAUCAGCUCACGCAGCUCAGACUCCGUGAAGACAUCAUCACACCACUAACAGAGGAGUCCAAGGCUGCCCUUGAGGAACUCCGCGCGGUUCUCCGAGGCCCAGGGGUGAAGGGGGCAACGUUGCAUCUGUCUCCAGAAAUGAUCCCUAGUGGUUCCAUUGUUCUCAUUGACAACAGACGAUGGCUGCAUGCAAGGAAUGAGGUGAAAGAUCCUGGCCGACAUCUGAGACGGGUCCGAUGGGACGCUCGGCCAUUUGCCACGGCGUCUGGUGCGGCAGCAUGA